GUGCAGGGUAGAAUAGGACGAUUUGCAUGUAAAACAUAGUAGCAUGCAUUACGUUCAAUCAACGAUGCGAUAGAUCAAUGAAGAAAAUAGCCGCCAUUUUAGCCAAGCCUCUCGGUCUAAUUUGCUGCCAGGACUCGGCGCAAUUCAACGCGUAAUUGCCGUCUGUUCAGUUUGAGAGGUGAGGGUUACCUUCAUUUCGUCUUACAUUUGUAUUUGGAGAAGGAAAAUUUAAAAAAAUAAGUCAGCAUAGCCGACAAAAUUAAGGGUGGUUCCACGAUUCCGGGUUUGGAGAGACGUGUUUGCAGAAGGAACGUGGCCUACCCCUGGUCACGUGGUAAUUCUUCGCUUCUGCGGUUUUGCGAUGAUCUCUACUGACGGUGCAAACUUCUCUGUGUUUCCAGUGAAAUUGUCUGAACCUCUAGCCUCGGCAGUCGGCUCAUUUACCUCUGAAAGUCCCAAUGCCUUGGUGGUGUGACGGCCAUCCCCAGGCUAUGCUGCAUGGCUGCGAUGGCUCCAGCCUUGACCGAUGCUUCUGCCCACCCUUCUACCUUUAAGUUGCCAGUCUCUCCUGCGGAUCCUGGACAAGCUGGCUUCGAAGCUACCCCAAGUGAUCCGACAAGCCCAGGGUUACCCAACGGUCACUCUAACACCAACCACACGCACAUUGACUCUGAUCAAGCCAUCCAGGACUCUGGGUUUGAGAGAGGCAAAUUGGUAAAGCAAGGUAGUCAGAAUAAAUCAGGGAUCAAUAACCAUAGGUCAAAGGUCAGGCUUUUUAAAGCAAACUCUCAGAGAGGUAGAAUUCCUGAGAACUUGAGACUUCUUGGGAAGUUGGAGAGAGGAAAGGCAGUGGGAACUGGUACUUGUCCCUUGACAGCCAGGGGUCCUGGCCUGAACAACGGGGGCGAGGCUGUUGUGGACAACAGUAAGAAAAUGAGUAAUUCAGCUGUCUCUGGAACCGUUGAUAAGCAGCAAUCUUGUCAGACAAACGCCCAUGUAGCAACCACCAUGCCUCCAGAAACGUCAUCUCUCUCGUUGGCAAAUAAAACUGAUGCGACAGGUACUAGCAGUUCCACUGCCACUGCGGACUCUUCUGAAGCCGAAGAUGAUACGCUUGGUGGUGAGAUUAAGACCCACUGCUUUGAUAGAAUUUACAGUGUUUCUGAUCGGGAAACGAUUCUUAACUAUGGAAAGGUUAGUAAGCUUGGACGAAUGUUUCAAGUAGAUACAGUGGCCAGCAAUUCUUCAACACCUAAACUCUUGGCACCAGACCAAAUACAAUGCGCCAUUGAUCAGAGCUCUUAUUUAGCACAACGGGCAAGACAGCUCGUUCAAAAACUUAGAAGAUUGCAGGCAACUCACAUCAGCACCCACAGUCAACGGCAGAUCCAAAGCUUUGUUCAAGAACAGCACAAGAAUCUUGAAGAAAAGGCUGCUGAGGCUGAUGCGGAAGGUUGUCCAGAAUGUAAACGGAAUUCUUCAUCAAAUGUUGCAGAUGUUAAUAAUACAUCAACGUCACAGAAGGAGCCAGCCGUGAGCACAGGCCCAGAUGUCACUAUUGGAGAUAACCACCUACCUCGAACUUGUAAUCAUAAGCGGAAGCUUUUGCUAACAAGACCUACUGAUGUUGAUGUGUUAGGAAAUAUUUCAGUCAAGUCGGCAGUCAGACAGCUCCAAUCUAAGCUGGAUCAUGUAGAGAGUUGGGUUGACGAUGAUGAAACGGAGAGUAGCUCAGGAGGAGAGAGCUGUGAUGAGGGGGAUGAUACUCUCCCAUCUUACGCACAAACUCGACAAAAGCAUAAAAUACCAUUACAUAGGCGAGCUGUAUGGAAGUGGGCCGUGGAGAGAGCUUCUAUUGCCAGUCGCUGGACGUGGCUUCAAGCACAGGUAUCUGAUUUAGAAUAUCGCAUCAGACAACAGAGUGACAUUUAUCGCCAGACACGGGCUAGUAAAGGUGUUGCUGUCCUGGGUGAACCAUCCUCAACCGAAGAACUUAUGAAGGUACGUGUUAUGACGUCAACCAAAACCAAUCGGAAGCUUUCUCCAAUCGAAGCCAAGAUUGCACGGCUAGGUGGAUCCCAGGAGAUGUCCCCAUCAAAUUUGUCAUCCUUGCUGAGCAACGUCGACCGGCAGACAGCAAGGCUGAAGAAAUCUCUCCAGAACUGUGUAUCUCCUGGGCUUCAAUCGCCUCCAACAGCAUCUAGCACACCAACAACAGCUGCUGGAAAGAUGCCAUACACAAAACCUAUGAAUGGUAUUGUAGGCAAUUCAUCCACUCAUGGGAGUCCAGUGUUAAACAGCAAGUCAGCUUCACCAAUUGGUUCACAUAGACAACCGGAGACAAACUCAAUCCCUUCUCCAUCAUCCAUCAACCCGGAGGAACAUUACUGUGCAAGGACGCGACCCGUAUGGUACUUUCGCAAGCGAAAACUAAUCCGAACGAUGAACAUGCAUCAUUACAGCCGUAAGAGUCAGAAGUUGUCAUCAGUUCGGUGUGGUUGCUGCCCACCCCUGAUGCCUUGUGUGAUGUGUGGAGGUCGAUUUAAUCAUGUUGAAAAGCCAAAAGAACCAGAUAUGGCCCCACUUAAUGAGAGAGUGGCUCAGUUGGAUUACUCCUUUCAUCCAGUCUUGUCUUUCCCACAAGAUGUUCCACUUUCACUACAGUUUGAAGGAAUGAUGAAAAGCAACGAGUGGCAACGUAAACCACCACCCUCAAAACUGUCAAACAUGAAAAAGAAGCGUCGCCCGAGCACACCAACUGAAGGCAAAGAAGUACGGAAGACCACACGAAAGUACGAGAGGAAAAACAAAGAUAAGACAAAGCGACGUCAGAAUGCCGGUGAAGAGAAGUCCCUGAAAAUGCUCCGCAAACUGGCUGCCCAGACAAUGAAAGACAUGCGACAUGGGAGAGGGGAUGGAAAGAUCCUGAAACGUCCUCGCUCCAAAGCCAACUCUCUUCCAGGGACACCCAAGAAUCUGCUGACAGACGAGAUCAACAGGCGGUGUCGCACAGAUAUCAAAAAGAGGCGGGCUGCACAGCUAGCAAUUGCUGCUCUAAAGAAGACCAGAGCUCGUAGUCUCUCCCUCCCAAACAUCGAGGAUCACCUGUGCUUCAGUAGCAGUAUGUCCAGCCACUCUGGAACAACAACCUUAGGUGAUGGAAGUGGUGGCCUCUCCCACUCCAUGCCGUCCUCAUCCCUGCAAAACUUCCUUAAGCCAAGACGCCCAGGUGGUAACUCUGACCAGUAUGAUAUCGACAACAUUGUCAUCCCCUACUCGAUGCUGGCAUCGACAAGGGUGGAGAAGUUGGAGUACAAGGAGAUCAUGACACCAAAGUGGAGAAGACUGAGUGAAGGAGAGAAGCUUGCUGCUUGUUUGAAUCAUCACCUUCAGGAACAACAACAGCUCAUUCAGAAGUUGGUGGAAAAGGAAGAGGAACUCCUGGAAGAAGAGGAAGGAGAGGAGAAUUUGUCAGAUACGGAGAUUGCUGAGCGCCACGCAAAAUGUGAGAUCACUGAGCGUCAGAAAUACAUGACAAUUUUGGCCAAUCAGACCCAUACACAGCACCGUCGAGGGGCACGUCGAUCCCGCAACAAUAGUCAGGGUGGAACACCAGAACCCUACUCUCCUGAUGCUAAUCUGUUUGAGCAAAGCCAGCCUUCCAGUGUGAACUCAUCUAACGCCCCAUCCCCGCUUACCACUCAGGAUGCGUUGAGCCCUAGUGGUGCCCCCUCAUUGAGUAGCAGUAGCACCACCCAUCGUAUGAGAACUAGUUCAUGGGAGAAACGUAGAUCAUCCAGCGCUAGUGACACCAAUCUAGAGAACUCGAUGGUAGGCAGCUUUGAAGAGCUUGGCUUUGUGGAGAACCCUUGGCCCCACAGGAAAUUCCCCCUGGAAGAGUUUGAUAUUGCAGAGUUGGGUUCGGUGCAAGAGGUUUCAGAAGAAAAAGAGAAGGACAAUUCCACAACAGAGGGCGUUGCUGAGUUAACCAAGAAUGCAGUGAACAACAUCAAACUAGAGAGUGGAUCUUCAAGAAACAGCCCUCUGGAGAUGCUGGAUGAGUCAUCAGGUCCAGAGGAGAUAGAUGACCCCAAUGACCCUGAAUGGACGGUGGUGUCUCCGGACAAACAGCGUAGCUCAAUAGUCUUACGAUUAGCAAAAAGGUGAGGGUUGCUCAUGAGGAAUUUGCACUCAGGUAGUUCCUCUCUACUACAACAAAAAUUACCCUCUACACCUGCCAUUGUAUGGUUUACUAUUGUUUGAUACAUCAAAUGUUUCCCGAACAUUCUACAAGUCUGUGUUUUGAAAGAAGACACUUGCAAAAAAUAAAAAAAUUAAAAUGUAUUGACUAAAAAUUAAAUAAGCCAGAUGUUGAUUACAUAAAAUAAAAAAAAGUAAAAAUAAAAAAAUAGAGUCAAGGCUAAAGUUCAAACAAAACUUUUUUCUUGCUUUGUUGAAAUACUGUUCUAAUUAGACUUUGAAAUUGAAAUUUAUCAAACCUUUUUUGUUCACCGUCAGUGCCCUUUAAUCCUUUACUCUGUUGAAAAGUGUAUUACUUCACGCUAGAUUUGUUCCUAUGCAUUAGUGAAACUUAAAAACAAUUUUUGUAGUGGUAACCUUUAGCUCAAUGGGGGCAGUAAUUUCAACUGAAAAAUCACAUCAUUUGAAAGCAACCGGUAGGAGGUUUGAUAAUGCAUACUGAUUCAUACGUAGAACACAAAUGGACCCGGCCCACUUGCCCUCCCAGCCUCACUUUUGUUACACUGAUAGAACUGGGAGAUGUACGAGAUGGCUGUUGAUCAUGAAAGUCUGUUUGUAUGUCAUUCAGCAAUUCACUUCAAUACUGGGUGUGUGUUUGUAUGUACAUGUAGUGCUUAACUGACCUUGUGUAAAAACUCUAGAUUUACUUCAUAUGUCAUGGUUUGCAUGCAAGGUUGUGGCUUGGUACAAUACUGCAUUUGUCAUGGUUUGCAUGCAUGGUUGAUUUAAUAUCGAUUGCUGCAGCAGGUGCUGUACCUCUCAACUAAGUAGAAACUAUUUCAUGAGGAAGUGAUCUUUGUUUUCCAUAAAUUCUGACAAAGGAUCCUGUUGGCAACUUCUUUCCAUAAUUUUCCAUUAGACAAUGGGUCAUAUAGCUCCAAAUUAUAGCUAAACAAGAAGACAUUCGUAAAAUUGAUAUCUGCUGAACUAUUAUGAAGGUUGGCAUUGAAAUUCGUUUAUGUACAAUCCAUUCAGUCUUAUAAAAAUGUGUUGUAAAAAAAAAAAACUUUAAAUCAUGACUUGGUCAAGUUGAUUUUUGCUGGACACUUGCCAACAGUGCAGUGGAUAUUUUGAGCACUGCAAGGAACUUGUA